AUGCCGGAUGGAGUUGAAAAUGAAGACUUGAACGAAAAUGUCAGGAAUCAUAUCAGAGUGAAGAGAAAGAAAGGUGGCUGUAUGGUUGAGAAGCGAGAGGGAAUACAGUGGAAUAUACAUUUUCCAAAGCACAGGAAAAUGAAAGCAAGGGAGAAGCCUUUUGUAUGCUCAGAGUGUGGAAAGGGAUUUAGUACGAGUGGCAGUCUUCAAUAUCAUCAGAAAACCCACACAGGGGAAAAGCCUUUUGAAUGUUCAGAGUGUGGAAAGACAUUCACUCAUAGUGGUCAUCUUCAAAUGCAUCACAGGACCCACACAGGGGAGAAGCCUUUUGAAUGCUCAGAGUGUGGAAAAAGAUUUAGUACGAGUGGCAGUCUUCAAUAUCAUCAGAGAACCCACACAGGGGAGAAGCCUUUUGAAUGUUCUGAGUGUGGAAAGAGAUUCAGUCAGAGUGGCCAUCUUCAAAUGCAUCAGAGGACCCACACAGGGGAGAAGCCUUUUGAAUGCUCAGAGUGUGGAAAGAGAUUCAGUCAGAGUGGCAGUCUUCAGCAUCAUCAGAGAACCCACACAGGGGAGAAACCUUUUCAAUGUUCAGAGUGUGGAAAAAGAUUCAGUCAGAGUGGCCAUCUUCAAAGGCAUCAG